AUGCACUUGAACCUGUUUCUCCUACUCGUGACUCUCACCUCCAUCGCUUGCGACAGCAUCGUCGCGAGCUCGAAAGGCUUAAUUCAAGUCAAGACCUUGGAUGUGAAUUCUCAACGCGAGCGGACGGAUGGAAUGCGUCGCAAUCUAAGAGAAGAGGUGACCGAGGCUGAUAUCGCUGACGGGGAAGAGAGGACUCCCUUCAACUUUCAAUCGUUGAUGGCUGAUUCUAAAACAAGUGCUAACAAUUUAAAUUUUGAUGACGCGGUGCUUGGAGACAAGCUUACACGUUUUAAAAGUCUUAAUGAUCUUAAUGAUCUUAAUGGCGCGCUGCUCGAGAAGAAAGUCAAGGACCUUAAACGUACUGAAAGGUUUAAUAGAUUUGAUAACGCGCUGUCCGGAGAGGAAGGAAACAAGCUUACACGUUCUAAAAGUCUUAAUGAUCUUAAUGAUCUUGAUGACGCGCUGCCCAGAGAGAAAGUCAGCAAGUUUAAACGUACUCAAGCGUUCAAGAGAACUGAUGACGCGCUGCCCAGAGAGAAAGUCAGCAAGUUUAAACGUACUCAAGCGUUCAAGAGAACUGAUGACGCGCUGCCCUAG